AGCUAACCCAAUCUCAGCCGAGUCCACCACCUGCAACUUUCCCCUCCCCCCCCCUUCAUUCCGUCCUCAGUUCCUCUGGGUAACGAACCUCCUCCUGCGAAAAACGAACCAGACCUACUGGAAUUUUAGUUUAACCCACAUCGAUCCUAUCAUCGUCCUCAAUAAAUAUGGAUUUCAGCAAGAUUCAAGGCCUCGGCAAAAACAUCUCCUCUAGCUUCACACCAUUCGCUACUCGCACCCAGCAGUUUAUGCGGGAGCAGCUUGGGCAAGCCGAUGAAAAGGUAUUUCCCGAUGGUUUAUUUUUCUCAGACUUCCUGAGUGGUUAUGGAGGAUGGAUGGGCCGUUUCCCGUUUGUUUGUCUUCAAAUCUGCCGGUCAUUCUCCGCCUUUCGGUUCUCGUUCCGAUGGUGGUAUCGUGACUUGGGAUGUUUUUCAUUUGGUCUUCAUCAUUUGCGCUUGCCCUUUGAUACCUAGAUGCUUUUCUCGUUCGUUUCGUGUCGUGUACCCUCUGUAUUUUUAUCAACUAGUUUCUCUAGACGUAUUUUUAGGACCUGCUUGAUUCAUGGGGAGCUAACAUCGUUGAAGACCCAACUGCCUCCCGAUUAUCUCGAACUCGAGAAGCGUGUCGAUGCAUUGAAGAACGUUCAUCAGAAGAUGCUGGCAGUUACGUAUGCUACUCCCCUCAGCUCUUCCCGAUAGGCCGAGAUUUCUUUUUACUGAUGGUUCACUAGGACACAAUAUGGUAAUGAGGUGAGAUUACAGAGACCUUGUGGUUUAUUGUACAUGAACUACGCGUCCUAACUAUACAUGAACUUGAACUGAUAGUCUUAUGAUUACCCACCGAAUCUGGUAGGUCUUUCGGUCCCCCCGAUACCGGGCCGGAGUUGGGUUGGCCGAAUAUAUGUCAAUGCUGACAUGUAGUAGCGUGAGUCCAUUGUCGACAUGUCUCGUACUACCUUAGAGAAGGUUCAGCUUCUUGGGGGCGCCAGUACCGCCGCCGAAGCUCAGAAUAUCUUGACCAAGCCCGGUACCAAAGCUGCCCCGAAAACAUUCCCGCAUGCUAUCGGCCGCGCUUCGCUUGCUGCUUCCCAUUCUCUUGAUCCCGCUGAACCCCUCGCUACUGCUCUUGAGAAGUACGCUCUUGCUAGCGAGCAAGUCGGCGAAGCUCGUCUACAACAGGAUGCCCAGAUUGUAUCCAGGUUUAACUCUGCAUUCACUACUACUCUCAACACCAACCUGAUGUUCGCUACCAAGGCCCGCAAGAACGUUGAAAACGCGCGCCUUUCACUCGAUGCCGCAAAGUCUAGAGCAAAGAGUGGUGGAGGUAUCGGAUUUCCUGGUCUCGCUAGCCCCGGGCGCAAGGAUGGUGUUGCCGAGGAUGAGGGCUUAACGGAAGAGCAGAGAGUGGAGGUUGAGACCGCUGAGGAUGAGUUUGUAGGGUGCACAGAGGAGGCUGUCGGUGUCAUGAAGAAUGUUCUUGACACUCCCGAGCCUUUGAGAAAUCUUGCGGACUUGGUCCAGGCCCAGUUGGAAUUUCACAAGAAGGCUUACGAAAUCUAUACUGAGCUGGCACCUUUGAUCGAAAGCUUGCAGGUUGAACAAGAGGUAUGACAAUUCGCUAUCCUAUUUUUGUUUUUUUACGAGUUUCUUGGGAUUUUUGGUUCGUUGAGUGGCGACUGAUCAGAGCUGCUGCUUGGGGUAUAAAGUCCAAGAGAAGCGAGGAGUUUUGAGAUCAUGUCUCGAGGGUGGAGAUCAAAUCAUUUUCGACAAAACUUGUAACAGACCUGAACUAACAACACCACAACUGUUUUAAUAGGCUAGCUAUAGAAAAUCUAGGGAGGAGGGGGCAUAAGUUGGAUUGAAGCUGAUCGGGAGUAUUGGCUGAGGGUUUUUAAGACAAAUAUGGAGAGGAAAACCCCGGGGCUAAUGACGCCGGUUUUUAUUGACCUUUGGUUCUUGCUCUGUCAGCUCUGGUGUUUUCCGCGGGCUAAAUUUCGGCGGUAGCUGUUUCAUGAGGAUGAAAGGGUUUAUCCUAUUUUUCUUUUUCUUUCGGGGCACUACUGGUUACCUUUGGCUCGUCUCUUCAUAUUUUUCUUGCGUCGUAAUUCUUCAAUUUUUACUCUCUCUAGCUUUAAAGGGUAGUACUUGUCACUUUUUUCUUGCGUAGCGCCCGACGGUAUGAUAUUUCGUGAGAUGAUGAGAUCCAUUGAUGAGGAAUGAUACGGUGUAGCAUCCUGCCAGUAAAUUUAUUAUCUCCUACCAUACCGGUAGACAGUGCUAUUGAAGUGUGGUCGAAGAAGGCGAGCAUCUUGACCGGAAUAUUGAGCCACAUGCAGGUGCGGCGAGAUUGGAUAAGAUCUCUUUUUUUAUUUAACCUUCGGAGUAAGGGGCCACAAUACGGGUAGGAUACCCACCCACCAUCCUGCGGCCCUGUUCGGGUCUGCCCCUUGGAGCAGAUUCUUUUUU